AUGGAUUUUAAGACAUGGAUUGAACAAAAGGCAACUAAAACAUUCAUCAUUAUUAUUGUAAUACAAAUGACCUAUUUGGCUAGUAUAUUCAUAGCAGAUGUUAUUGUGAGUAUUUAUUAACAAAUUAAUUUAGAUCUACAAUAAAGUAAGGAUAAUAAUGGUUCUUAAUGCAAUUAGAGUUUAGAUGAUUAUUAUAAAUGGGCAGUGCUUUUUUUAUUUUAAAUUGGAGAUUGCUACUAUGUAUUUAAUGCUGUAAUCUAUAAGUUUAUUAUAAGAUUUACAAAUCAAAUGUUUUAGAAUUAUUUGCAUACAUUAUUAUUUAAUUUAUAACAUUUUUGUGUACUUUUGCAAGGUUUUUUAGACCUACUUCAUACUUUUAAAAUCCUGAAACAAAUGAAGGAGAUAAAGUAUUAGCAGCAUUUGAUUACAUUUACUUAUUUUAUUCAUUUUGUGUUUUUGUUUUAAGUGUAGUAUGUUAUAAACCAUUUUAUGAUGUAUUUGUAUAUAGAAAUAUAAUGAAAGUUGGAGCAUCUCCAAAAAUAUAAGGUUAUAAUUUAUUAUUAUCUAUUAGAUAUAUUUAGAAAUUAUUCAAAUUUUAGUACAUUUAUGCAAUUAUAUCUAUUGAUAUCAUUUAGUACAUUUUUAACAUUCUUUUUCUUUUUUGAUCAUUUACAUUGGUACUUAUAUUUAAUUGAUUCAAUUGUAAUUCUAUUUUAGAUUGCUAGCAUUUUUAUUGGAUAUUGGGCUGUAAGUAUUAUUAUAAUAAAAAUAGUUAAAGGAAGAAAAUAUAUAGAAAUUUUGGAUAUAUAUUUCUAUGAUAUCAUUAGUAUAACUCUAUAUUCUUACAAAAACAGUGUAUUACAUGAUAUACUAUUAUAAUCAAAAAAAUUCAAGUGACUCAGGUGAUUGCUCCUAAUAAGAAAAUCCUUUUGGAGAUACAUAUACUGUUAUAAUAGUUAUAGGAACUACAUUUGCAUGUUUAUUAAUCAUGCUUUUUGAUUGUUAUUAUGCAUUUUAAUGUAAACUUGGAUUUGGAAAUGGUUUGAAAGAAGCAUUGAAAAGCUAAAUAUCAGAAACAGGACAAGAGCUUGGAGAAAGUAGUUUUAGCUCUUAAAAGUGA